GCGCUGCGGCACUCCAUUCGGUUCUCAGCAAGAAAAACGAACCGACCGAUUAGCAAAGAAACUGCGGUCCUGAUCCAUCAGCCGGUGCUGCACGAGCGUUUAUUCUCCCGUUAUACCAUCAUAAUACAGCGCGCCGCUCAGAAUCUACAAGAUCAUGGCUAAAGAAGAUGAGAAGAAGGAAUCCGGGGAAUGGAAGGAAUUCUUCUGGAAUCCGAGGACGCAUGAACUGCUCGGUAGAACGGCGAGCAGCUGGGGUCUGAUUCUCUUGUUUUAUUUGGUCUUCUAUACAUUUCUGGCUGGCAUGUUCUGUCUCACCAUGUAUGUGAUGCUGCUAACGCUCGAUGACUAUCACCCUACCUGGCAGGACCGUCUGGCUACACCAGGUAUGAUGAUCAGGCCUCGAGGCGAAGCUCUAGAAAUCAUUUAUAAUGUGGACCAAACUGAGAGCUGGGACAAAUACAUUCAGGCCCUGGACAAUUUCCUUGAACCGUAUAAUAACUCUCAGCAGGUGAUGAAUAAUGACGCCUGCACACCUGAUAAGUAUUUCAUUCAAGAGGACAGCGGAGAGGUUCGCAACAACCCCAAACGUUCCUGCCAGUUUAACCGCACCAUGCUGGGAAAUUGUUCCGGACUCACGGACCGCACUUACGGUUACGAGGAAGGCCAACCCUGCGUGCUUAUCAAACUUAACCGGGUUAUUGGAAUGCUGCCAGGGAAGGACGGACAAACUCCAUACGUCUCAUGUGGAGCAAAGAAGGAAGACAGCGACAGCAUCCAUGAGAUUGCAUUCUUCCCUACGAAUGGAACCUUCAACCUCAUGUACUACCCAUACUACGGCAAAAAAGCACAGGUGAAUUAUUCUCAGCCUCUGGUAGCAGUGAAGUUUCUGAACAUCUCUAUGAACACAGACGUCGACGUGGAGUGUAAAAUCAACUCCAAUACCAUCACUCAAUUCAGCGAGCGAGAUAAGUUUGCUGGCCGUAUCACCUUUAAACUGCGCAUCAACAAAAUGUAGAACAACCAUCAGUGGACCACACAAACACACACACACAUUUACUUACACAAACACACACAAACACAGGAACAUAAACAUAAGAGGAGAUUUCAGGAGGAAUCAUUCAUAUCAAAGUAUUCUGUGUUUUUAGCCGUCCCAAUAUUCCUGUCUACACAAUGAAUUCUGUCUGUGUGUGUGUGCGUGUGUGCGUGCGUGUGCGUGUGUGUGUGCGUGCGUGUGUGUGUGCGUGUACACACUUGUGAGUUUUCAGUAAUCUUGACUGAUAUUGCUGUAGAGAGCAGAAGGAAAACAUCUUUAAGUUUCUCAUGAAGAAUACUGAAAUAAAUCAUGAGCUGAAUAUGAAUGAAUCUGAAAAACUGAAGUCUUGCUCGCAUUUUACCCCAAAAUCACUAAAAAUAAGACGUUUAUCGUAAAGAAAAUUAUGCCUGUUAGAAGACCAAUAAUAUAUUUACCACACUCAGCCCAUGACUAUAAUGCAUGAAAGAGGUUUAGUAAAUGAAGAGUAUUUAUAUAUCAUAAUAGUAGUUGCAUUUGUACAGCCUUUUGAUUUAUCCUGAACAAUAAAACAUUUAAAGAAAAGAGUAAAACAUCGAUGUGACAACAAAAAUUAUACCAUUAACUUUUGUGAAACAUCUCUAAUGCUCAGGGUGUGACAGACUUCAUUUGCUUUAUUGGCAGAUCGUGUAUAAAAUCAUUUGUUGUUUUGGGCGGUAAAAUGUUUUUCUGAGAUUCAUUCAUACAGUCGAUAAUAAUGAUGGCUAAUUCUGAUGAUCAAAUAUUAUCCACAGAUGAUUGGAUCAAUAAAUAGAGCCAUAGUAGUAAUAUCAACAGUAACACACUGUAAAUUAACGUCUGUCAAAGGGAAAAACAACAUUUUCUCUUCUAUUCCAAUAUUUGUAUUAUUUAUUUAUUUAUUUAUAAUGGUAUAUUUAUGUUGUUAUUCCUUUAUUUAUUUGUUUAUGAAUGAUUUGAAUUGUGGUUUUUAUUUGUUUUUCUAUGACAAAGUUUGUGAGAAAAUAUUUUUUACCACUGUAACACACGCACACACACACGCACACACACACACCGCUAUGUCUGAUUGGCUGCUGUUCUGCACAUGCUCAGACUGCACUUAACGACUGAAACGAAGAGCCAAUGAGCUUCAAGCUACGCCAUAUCACGUCAACAUUUAUUUCGCAAUUCGUUUGCCAAAUUGUUAAAUGACUGAUAAUUGAUUCGCUUGGGAAAGGUCUGACAUCCAUUUAAGUGUGUACACAGCAAUACCUUACGGUCCACGUGUGUAUGUUAAUACUUGUAAAUAAUGACGAAUCUGAGGUGGUUAAUGAAGUAAAAAAAUUGCCAAGCCAAUAUUUACUAAUCUAGAUGACAGAACAAGCGUGUUUUUCAUUUUUUACUUGUUUGUUUAGAGCACAUCAUGGGUUAGCUGUACUCUAGCACCCAUUAGGACAGCUAAUAUAUGACGUGAACGUUAGCUGCAUAUCUCUCUCCAAACUUUGCGUUGUAUUUUACCUUUCGUAGAAUCAAAGAUUUUGAUCAUGUGAUUUGACAUUUGGAUGUUUAAGAAGAUUUCUGUUGAAUGGAUGAAACCUGCUACCCAUCAGACGGAUGAUUUACCGGCAGGUUAGCGUAUAGAGUCGUGUAGUCAGAUGGUUAGUUAGCAAAGCGCUUAUUAGCAAAUCACAAGCCUGCUAUCGGCUGCGUUUCUAUUGGCCCUUCAAAUUGCGCAAAUUAAAUAACGAAUCGAGAUGGUUCACCUGACAAGCGUAAAAGUCACAUGAUCAAUUUUGUGUAGGACAAGACAGAAGAGGUUUGCUCAACUUUUCACGUGGCGUUACAGAACUGACAAGCGCGUGGCAUCAAAAUACGGUCCACUGCUCUGUGUGCUUUCGAUUCGCUCUCUUUGUAUUUUGAUGUCAUCUGCAUGUCGGUCUGCAUGGCGCUGUAUGAAGUCGAGCACACCCGUCGUCAUGGUUUUGACUUAGCACUAGACAACAAAAUGAUGUUUUAGUCGCAUAACAUUGGUUGGCAAUAGCUUUUUGUCGAUAUUCAGAAAAUUAGGCUAAAGUUUUGCGCAAAUCUUUAAUAGAAACACAGCUUUGUGUGGCCGGCCUUGUCUUUGUGUUUUUUACAAUCCCUGAUUUUGCCCCGAUUAGUGAAUGUGUUGUGAUUAUCUUCAGUUACUACCACAGUGUUGUGCGUUCAAAACGUUUGAGGGUGCGUGUUAGAAAAGUGUGGAAAAGACAAACACGGACAUGUUUUCAAUUGAGCAUCACCGGUCCAUCCGUCGCACAUCCGCACAGAAUCGACGGCCUGAUGUUCGAUGUUUACACAUAGCAGUGACUACUAACUAGAUUAGUGGCGUGCUAAACCUACGCUGCCCUCUGUACGUUUACCAAGAUCUACUCUACGUGUGCUGCCUGACUGCUUUACGUCACAGAACAGAUUUUCUAUGUUGUUAAGAUACGCUAAAUCUAAUUAUUGCACAUUCUUUUUCACUUCUGUUCAAUGCAGCGUUGCAUCCUUAUAUACAACACACAUUUCUUUCUUUAACAUAUGGUUUACUCAAUAGUCAUUUUUGUCCGAUUUAGACUUACAUAUCACUAUGGAAACAGAAGGAGUGAUGUCAUAAACAUACGAAACACUGUAACACGAUGAUGUCAUGGAUGAUUGCAGUGUAACAAUGAGGUUCUUUACGAUACGGCAACAUUCAACGACAUACUGUACGCUUUCAAUGAACACAAUUCUUAAUAUUACCUGUUGUUCAUUGUUAGUUCAUAAUUUCUCGACUGAUGUUGCUGUUAGUUAGUUAGUAGAGAUAAACAUAAACUACAGUCAAUGAAUGUUGUAAUGAAAUAUGAUUAGAUGAACUAUUGGGUUAACUAAUGUUAAUCUGCAGAAGUGUUACAGGAAUACAGUUUUGUUUUUGAUAAUAUCACUGCAACACACACACACAACACACACACACACACACACACACACACACACACACACACACACACACACACACACAUACACAACAUCAAUAGCUUUACACACACAGUUCAGCUUUUGUCUUUGUCUGUGUUUUCUUCAAACCAAUAACUGGCUCCACGCUCGCCGCUUUAAUUCACGCUGGAUGAAUUGAAAAGCUCAUAAUCUCUGAUUUCUCAUCUGUCCAUCAUAGUGACACAGUGUAUUUUUUCUUUCAUCACUCUCUGUACAAACACUGCUCAGAAUCUAGAUGUAUCUUAAGAAAUAGCCUGAAUAUACUGUUAUAUAUUGCCUGACAUGAAAAUUGUGAAACUUAUAUUGGAAAAAUAAAUGAUUAUCAUUAUAAAUGAAAAACAGUAAAUAAAAACAUUUUGUGUUUAACAAACA